AAAAGGAUGCUCCGCCAAGUGCCCGUUUGUAGAAAGUGGUGAGGAGGCGUAACGGGAGUGUCCGGGGAGCUGUGCAUGGUGCAUAUAGAUCUGCAGCUCCUUAAUUCCGGGGUGCCACAUAGAGAAAGGCGCUGAAGAAAACGGGGAAUAACGGGAAUGGACGGGAUGAGCCUGUUGAUCGUAUGGUGCGCGCUUGGGGCCGCCGUGGCUCGGAGACCUAAUGCUGAGGACGCGGAGGCGCGCGAGAAGAUUCACAGCGCGAGAUGCAGCUCGCGCUGCCUCGCUCUCCACAUAACGCAGCUCGCUGCCUAUUUCCGACAUCUUCAGCAGACUGAUGAUGUCCUGGACUGGUGCGAGAAACACAGGAGGUGCUUCCAGUGCUUGCAGCCAUGCAAAGAAUUGUGGGAAGCCAAGGAAAGCCCAUCUCCGAAAGGAUGUGAAAAGCAUCACGAAUGCGCAGCCAGCUGGGCGUUCCUGCUGUCCCUGCAGGCGCACAAGCAAGGGGAUUGCCCCGCCCCGCAGAGGGCCUCGGGCUUCGCCGCCGCAUGUGUGGAGAGCUGCAGCGCGGACCGCGACUGCCCCGCCCACAGGAAGUGCUGUCCCAACGACUGCGGACACACCUGCCAGGCGCCGGCGGACCUCUACAAGGGUGUUCCGCUGCGUCCCCGGCAGGACAUGACCUUUCUGGAAGACUCGCGGGGCCGGCUGGAGGUGCUCUGGACGUCCAGGUUCAAUGUUUCCAUGGAGCCGGUGCUCUAUGUCCUGCAGAGGCGCUGGAAUCAGGGCAUCCACCCCAGCGAGGAUGACGCCACCCGCUGGCAGACCGUCGCCAUGACUAUGGGCCAGCGGGUGGCGCUGAAGGACGUGCGGCCCCACAGAUGGUACCAGUUCAGGGUGAGCGCGGUCAACAGCCAGGGCACCCGUGGCUUCACCGCCCCCAGUCGGCACUUCCUGUCCUCGCGAGAGCCGUUGCCCCCGGCGACUCCCCGGAGCUUACGGAAGGGGGCAGUGAGGGAGCGACCGGACGGGACCGUGAGCGUGCUGCUCCUCUGGGACCCCCCCGAGGAAGAAGAUCUGGAGGUGCACCACUAUAAAGUGUCAUGGAGGGCCUGCGGUGUCCGCCCCUCGGGCCGGGACAGGAGGGAGAGCACGAGGGUGACCGAGGGGGCCAUGCGGGAACUGGAGCUGCAGGGCCUGCAGCCAAACUCGGCCUACCGAGCGCAGGUGCAGGCCGUCGCCUACUGGGGACAGAAGCGCCUGCGGAGUGGCAGAUCCCAGCUGACCUUCAGCACGGGGCCCGCAGCAAAGUCCCCUAUUGAAGGCAACAAGGCCACUGGCCAGGCAACCAAUGAGCUACCAUCCUCCAACCACGCCCACAGCCCCUCCCUCAGGCUGGAGGCCGCCGCCCCCCACUACCACAGUCACCAGCUCCAGGUCAAGGUCUUCUGGAGGACUCUCCCCUCAGAAAGUGGGAAUGAAGCAGCUACCCACCUGCUGAGGUGGCACCCAGACGUCUGCUCCCACAACGUCACCCGGACAGAGAAGGCAGCCACGGUGUCGGGAACGCAUUAUGUCAUCACUGACCUGCUCUUCGGCUGCAAGUACAAGGUAGCAGUAGUACAGCUCUCAGGUCAGAGGUCAGAGGCCGUGACCUCGGUGAUGACACCACCAUGCAGUACACUGGCGGGCGACGCGGUGAGGUCUUUGCAGCUUAGACAGGAGUGCCACCUGCUGGCCCAGAAGGUGCUACUGCGACCAGAGAAGCUGGCUGCUACCUUCUGGACAGUAAACGGCUCACUGCGGGGGGAGUUCGGCUGGCGAUGGUCCCAGGCUGGCCCUGAUCUGGGCCCCAUCUCCGCAGUCCAGUUCUCUCUGGUGCAGCUGUCGGAUGCUGGUACUGACAUCAUACCUGGUGCCCUGAAUGCUCAAACCCAGAACCUUGCCUCAGAUCAGAACUCAGUAACUGUGGAGUCCCUAAAGCCUGAGAGUGUUUACAAGGUGCAAAUCCAGGUGCGCUCAGCAGGGGGCAGUGGUCCAUCCCUGGUGAAGACCAUACGCACCCCCCAGCUAGACAAUAUUCACAUAUGAGAUGUUCCCAGUGCUGCUUCCAGUGCUCACCAUUCACCCUGUCUGAGCCCAAAAGGCCUCAUCUGACUUUUAUUAUGAAGCAAAGAUCCCACAUGUGACUUUUAUGAAGGCUGCUUAUGUGCAUCUCACAGUGCGCCAAAGUAGCAGGAAAUCAAGCAUGUAUAUAUGCAGAGGUACAUUUCAGUAGCUGAAUAUUGAAUAAAGUAACUGUGCUGCCCAAGAGAAUCUGCAGUCACUUUCGGUGUUUUGUGUAUUUUUGUGUUGCUAUUGUUCAUCUGGAAUUGUGAGCUCUUGUAGGCAAAGUCAAUUUCCUUUUCUCAUUCAUGCAAUCUUUGUCUUUUUUAAACAAGAUAUUUCCUAUAAAUUAUUUAAUGUUAAUAAGGGUGUAAACUCUGUUAGCUAUUUAUUAAUCGCUAUUAUCCUGUCAAUUAGCAUACGGUUGGUGGUUUUUAGUUAAAAUCGCACGGCACGCAUACGUAAACUGUUAGCUUUCGGAUUCUUGCAGGUCACCUCACUACCAUUGCGACAGCUAUCAAAAAAACCAAACACAUGUUUCUUAUUUAGAGAAUUUUGCUGCCAGUCAGUGUUUUCCUUGUAGAAUUGAUAUUAUUUUAUGACCGAGUUUACGAUUGACCUGCCCACAAACAGCGGGGCUCCUGCCUGGAACUCUAUGGUCAGAAGCCCAGUUCCUGAACUGCGAGAGUACUGUCUUGUUAACUACUUGUUCAUGGUGCCCCCUGUAUGAUGUAGACAAGCAGUUAAUUUCAUUAAUGUGAAUAUUGUAUUCUUUUUUAUACUGACCUGCAUCAGCAGAAAUAAAAUCUCAAACAAACAAUA